CUUCUCUCCCCUUGGUCUCCUCUCUCCUCUUCUCCUCUCUCAUCGAAACCCUAGAUUUGAUCUAGGAUUUCGGUCUCCCCCUUACUCCUCUCUCUCCCCCUUCCAUCGAAACCCUAGAUCAGAGCCAACAGAGGCCAAGCCCAUUGCUACUCUUGAUCGAAAUGAGAUCUUCAAAAUACUAGAGAUCGUUGAGAGGGACGUCAUCGCCAUUGCCAACAGCUAUGCCUCCCUCUUCCCCUCGCUUCGAAUGGCUCUCUCUGAGAUUCAAUUCGUUAGACAUCACUAUAGUUAGAUUUAGUUCGCCGAGAGCCGCAGAAAGCUGUGUUCGGUUUUAAUUUUGAUUGGCAACAAGUACGUCGGUGGAGAAUAUGCAGUGUUUCAGUGAUGUUGUUGGAUCCAUACAGGAAUCUGAUUGAGUGAAGAAUUGAAGGGCAUGGAAACUCAUGCUUUGCAACUAAAGGUUUUGAAAAAAAAUGUGGAUGCUCUGGAUUCAGCUGUGGACUGAUAGUUCUGCUUCCUUGAGGGACAGCUAAAGUUGUUAGAAGUUAUGAAAGGCUAAUGUAACUGGAUCCAAUAUGUUCUCCGAGGCAUGAGUUGGAAGCAUAGGAGAAAAAGGAGGAGAAAACUUUGAAGGAUAAAUAGACUAUUCUUGUUAUGGUUUCUUUUAGUAGUUUAUGUUAUGCUAAUUUGGCUUGUUGUAGAAAAUCAUGGUUAUCUACCACCUAUAGUAUGUUGUGUUUUAGAUGAAGACAUUGUGUAGCCUAGAGGUUCUUAUGUGGAUUGUUCGCUAUACUCUUUUGUUUCGUCAAGUCUUUUAUCAUGGCUAUUUUUAAAGUAGUACUCUUGUCAUUUUGGAGAUUAAAGGUCAACGUGGUAGUGGAUAAAACCAUGAAAAAAUGCUAUUAUAAUGAAUAUUUUGGACAUUAUUACUAUUUUUUGUAUUCUCUCGUAUCGAUUCAUGAAGGAUGAGAUGUUUGCAUGAGUAUUUAUAAUUUCUAUCGAGGUAAUCAAUUUGGUUUUGAAUCACUUCUCAAAGUUUUAUUUGUGCAUGACAGGUCUUUCUUCCUUUUAAAAAGGCUUGGACUAAGUAGCAUGGUACUCAUAUAUGUUAACUAUAUGUAUAUGUCAUAAAUUAUUCAUAGAAUGGUCCUCCUUAUCUCUGAAAUCCAAGUUCAUGUAUAAUAAAGUGUAUCCAAACAUUAUAUUUCAAAUCUUUAAUUUCAAGUCCUUGCAUUUUGUAAAGGCAUCCAAACAAAAGAUUCUAUCAAAUCAUGGAUUUUAAAUCCUAGAUUUAAAAUCCUUUGAUUUUAAAUUAAUAUUCCAAAUCCAAAUUUUAGUUUCCAAACGCAGCCUAAAAGAAAUAUUCCUCUGACUAAGAGAACGAAGUUAACAGCCAAAAAAAGACUAAAUGUAAAAGAGGGCCAAUGGAGUAUUUCAAAACCUACUAUUUCACCACUGCUCAUUUCCUCCAAAUCACAACUGCCCAUUCCCUCCAAUUCACCUCCUCACAAAGCUGCAGAAACAUCUUCUAGUGAUGAUGAUGAUGACUCAGUGGAGGAUGAAAAUUUCAGAAUUGAUCCCACAGAGCCAUUGUAUGAUGAUGAUGGUGAAGAUGAUGAAUUAUUUGAUGAGUUUAGUACAAGGAAUAGAUCAAGAAAGGGAAAGCAAAUAAUCAAGGCUGAUAAGAAUGUAGAUGAAAGUGUUGGAGGGGGAAUUGAUGUAAGAGUAGGGGUUUCAAAUGUUGGUGAUGGUGGAGAUGUAGACUCGGCAGAAUCUGAAGAUAGUGAGACGCAUAAGACAGUAUGAAGUGAUGAUGAUGAGUAGGAAACCUAAAAUGUACUUAUCAGAGAUGUAUUCUCAAGAAAACUAUUUGAUUGCCUAUAGAGGAAUGUUGAAUCCAUUACAAAGGAGUAAUUAUUGGGAUACAGAGGGAGAGGGAAUGGUGUUACCCCCAAAUAUUGUUAUAAGGCCAAAGAGGAGACCCAAAACUGCUAGGAGGAGAGACUCAUCUGAAGGUUCUAAGCAUCCUUCUAGGUCAUCAAAGCAGAGAUUAACACAAAACUGUAGUAAUUGUCAUAGAACAGGGCAUAGAAGACCCAGUUGUCCUGAUGCAGCAAUACAUCCUCCAAGGCCAACACAUCAACAGGAAAAUCAAUCUCAAGUUCUUGAUGAAGGCACAAGUGGAAAGAAGAAAAGAGGAAGACCAAAGGGGAGCAAAACAAGACCUAACAAUUCUAUUGAAGAGUUUAGUCAAACUAACCCUCUUCCACCAUCUCAAGUUUUCAUAAAUAUAAGAGCAAUGGCUAGAGCUCAAUCUCAAAAUGCUAGAGGAAGGAGUGAUAGACGAAGGGGUCGAGGCAGAGGAAGAAAUAAUGAAGUCAUUAUGCUAGAGGGUUUUGGCAUAUGGCAUGGUGAUCAUGGUGAAGUAGCUUAUAGAGAUCCAAGUGCCUCUCAAGCAACAAUCAUACAAGAUUCAACUCUAAUUUCAACCCAGGAUGUACACAAAGAGGAGCAUACACAGGCUUCAUGUGCACAUAAUAGUGAGUUGUAAUUAUAUGUAAUUAUAGUUUAGUUUUUGGUAAUAUAUAGACUUUAUGUAAUUGAAUGACUUUUUACUUGUUGAUGGUGACUGUAAACAUGACGAACACAUACUCUUGUACAAUGUGACUA